AUGAAUUCUCCUCACUCAGCGGUGCAGUUCCACCCAGAGUUCUCCUUCCAUCGACUCCGGGACUCCUCGUCUCGUCUGUCCUGCAGAGAGACCUCCUUCCUCUCCACCGUGUCCCAGAACCAGUCGGCUCAGACCUCCGACCUCUUCAGCCAGGACGUCUUCAACCAGCUGUUUGACAUGCUGGACCAAUCCUCCAUCCACUCAGUUCAGCCCAUCGAGCUGAACUUCAGAGACGGAGCAGCCGACGGCUCUGCAGCGAACACCAUCCAGAUCAGCAUGGACUGCUUCACCAUGCACCAACCAAAUAAGCCGAAUACAUCUCAGUACACCAACCUGGGGCUCCUGAACAGUAUGGACCAGAACAUGCAGAACGGCGGCUCCACGUCCACCAGCCCGUACACCAACGACCACGCCCAGAACAACGUGACCGCCCCGUCGCCCUACGCCCAGCCCAGCUCCACCUUCGACGCCCUCUCACCCUCGCCCGCCAUCCCAUCCAACACCGACUACGCCGGGACGCACGCCUUCGACGUGUCCUUCCAGCAGUCUAGUACGGCAAAGUCCGCCACCUGGACGUACUCCACAGACCUGAAGAAGCUCUACUGCCAGAUCGCCAAGACGUGUCCCAUCCAGAUCAAGGUCCUGACCAACCCUCCGCAGGGCGCCGUCAUCAGAGCCAUGCCCGUCUACAAGAAGGCCGAACACGUGACGGAGGUGGUGAAGCGCUGCCCCAACCACGAGCUCAGCCGCGAGUUCAACGACGGUCAGAUCGCUCCUCCCAGUCACCUGAUCCGCGUGGAGGGAAACAACCACGCCCAGUACGUGGAGGACUCCAUCACUGGGAGACAGAGCGUCCUGGUUCCAUAUGAACCGCCUCAGGUCGGGACAGAAUUCACCACCAUCUUGUACAACUUCAUGUGCAACUCCAGCUGUGUGGGGGGGAUGAACCGCCGGCCCAUCCUCAUCAUCGUCACCCUGGAGACCCGAGAUGGACAGGUGCUCGGACGGCGCUGCUUCGAGGCCAGGAUCUGUGCUUGUCCAGGCCGAGACCGGAAGGCGGACGAGGACAGCAUCCGCAAGCAGCACGUGACGGACGCCACCAAGAGCAGCGACGCCUUCCGCCAGGUGUCCCACGGCAUCCAGAUGUCCACCAUCAAGAAGAGGAGGUCCACGGACGAGGAGGUCUUCUGUCUGCCGAUCAAAGGACGGGAGAUCUAUGAGAUCCUGGUGAAGAUCAAAGAGUCUCUGGAGCUCAUGCAGUUCCUGCCUCAGCACACCAUCGAGUCGUACCGGCAGCAGCAGCAGAACCUGCUCCAGAAACAGACCUCCAUGCAGUCUCAGCCCUCCUACGGCUCCUGCUCUCCUCCUCAUGGGAAGGUGAACAAGCUCCCGUCGGUCAGUCAGCUGAUCAACCCCCAGCAGAGAAACUCUCUGACUCCCUCCAGCAUGGGAGGUCUGACUGACACUUCCUCAUUCGGCUGGGCUGCGCAGGCUGCCUGGACUACUUCACAGCACAGGGCCUAACCAACAUCUACCAGAUCGAGAACUAUAACAUGGAGGACCUGUCCAGGAUGAAGAUCCCCAACGAGUUCCAGCACGUCAUCUGGAAGGGCAUCAUGGAGCACCGGCAGGCUAUGGACUUUUCCC